AUGGCUCUGUUGCUCGCUACAAAACUAGACUUGUUGCCAAGGGCUAUCAUCAACAAGAAGGGAUUUCUCCUUAGUCAUUCAGAUUCCUCUUUAUUUGUCAAGACUACCUCUACCUCUAUCACCAUCAUCCUUGUAUAUGUUGAUGAUAUCUUGCUCACUGGGAAUGAUUCUAUUCUCAUCAAUGCUCUUCUUAUUCAAAUGCAUAAGGUCUUUUCCAUAAAAGAACUGGGUCUCAUCUCCCAUUUCUUAGGCAUUUCAGUUCAAUCCCAUUCUCAUGGCUUUUUCCUUUCCCACCAAAAGUAUGCUGGUGAACUGUUGCUCAAAGCAAGCAUAGUGGAUUACCAGCCUAGCUCAACUCCUAUGGCUCUCAAACCCCCCUCUGGUACGGCUGAUGAUUUGCCCUUCUCUCAACUUUCUUUUUAUCGUAGCGUAGUUGGUGGUUUAUAG